AUGAAGUGCCUUUUGCUGUCUCUCGCUCUGUUCGAGCUGCUGUUCUGGCACACAGGAUCAGCACUAUUUUUGGACGAUAAUUGCGAAAGGAUUCAGAAUCAAGGCGGACGAACCACCACUCCUUGGAUGGCCGCAAUAAACUGCGAACAUGGAUUUUUAUGCGGCGGCACGUUGAUUACCAAAAACUUUGUGCUGACAUCUGCGGAAUGCAUAUCUGAUAAGAUUCGAUUAUUCGUCCAACUGGGAGUCAGGAAUAGAAGCCAUGUCAAUGGUGUGAUGAACUUCAAUGUAAUCCGCUCCAUAGUGCAUCGUGAUUAUAUAGAGCAGCCAGGACCUAAUGAUAUAGCACUGCUGAAACUCCACACUGAAGUAACCUACACCGAUCGCAUUCGACCCAUCUGCAUCUUAAUGAAUGGUGCCGCUUCUGUGUUGAAGGAUAUCAACACAUUUUCUGCUUUUGGCUGGGGAACAACAUCAAUGUCUGGAAGACCCAGCCAAAUGUUGAAGACCAUCCAGAUGAGGAGGCGUCCUUCGAGGAAGUGCCAAUAUGACGGCAUCCAGUUAACGAACGGACAAUUCUGUGCGGACAGUGCGAUGGGCCCCGAACCUUGUACCGGUGAUUCUGGAGGACCGGUGGUCGCCAACGUCAGGAAUCGUACUGUCCAGAUGGGAAUCAUUAGCUAUGGCUCCAUUGAUUGCGAUGCUCCUGGGGUUUACACGGACGUGGCGAGCUACACCAACUGGAUAGCUUCUAAUGUACAACAAGUUAAAAAAAACAUCACCAUGAAGUCAUGA